AUGAACUCCUUGGUCUUCCUCCUCUCAGCUCUAUCUUUCGCGGUUCUUGCGAGCAGUCGUGGCUUCUACCAGUGCCAGCCUUGCAGGGGGGAGGAGUGCAACGUGCGGCCGGAAGGUUGCAAAUACGGCAUGGAAAAGGGCCCCUGCGGCAUAUGGAGGUGCAACUCCGGACCCGGACAGCGGUGCGGCGGAAGGGACAACCACCUCGGCAAGUGCGGCAAUGGCACGACCUGCAAUUGCGGGAUAUGCAGGGGCUGCAGCACCGACAUGUACGAAAUUGGUAUCAUCGAGUGCAGCAAAGGAUUCAUCUGCUACUGA